AUGGGGUUUUAUAGAAUCAUUGUAGCUAUUAAUUGGAAGAGAUACCAUUCCUGCCAAUACCCCUUGCAUAUAUGGAUUGUGGUUGAUUACACAACGGUGUUUAUCUUCCGCGUUUUAAUGUUUGUUGACAAUGGUCUGGCUGCUGGACUUGGCUUGGAUUUUGGAAGUCAACAGAGGAACAUUGGAUUUUGUGGGAGAGUGGUGGUACUCUCUAUCCUAUCUCUGCUGCUGUAUCCAUUUCUUUGGGCUUGGACUGUAAUCGGUACAAUAUGGUUUAAAAGGGCAAGAAGCUGUUUACCUGAAGAAGGCCAAAAAUGGGGUUUCCUCAUUUGGCUGAUUUUCAGUUACUCUGGCCUCCUCUGCAUUGCUUGCAUCUGUAUUGGAAAGUGGUUGGCGCGAAGACAGGUGCACGUAUUACGUGCUCAGCAGGGAAUCCCGAGUUCAGAGUUUGGGAUUGUAGUUGACAUGAUAAGGGUCCCUGACUGGGCAUUUGAAGCCGCAGGGCAAGAGAUGAGAGGCAUAAGUCAAGAUGCUGCUGCUGCAUACCAUCCUGGACUUUACUUGACUCCUGCUCAGGCAAGUCUUUCUGUGGAGGCACUGAUUCAAGAACUUCCAAAGUUCAGGUUAAAAGCUGUCCCAGAUGAUUGCGGUGAAUGCUUAAUCUGCUUAGAGGAGUUCCAUAUAGGACAUGAGGUUAGAGGUUUACCUUGCGCCCAUAACUUCCAUGUGGAGUGCAUAGACCAGUGGCUGCGUUUAAACGUGAAAUGUCCUCGGUGCCGGUGCUCUGUUUUUCCUGACCUUGAUCUCAGUGCAUUAUCCAACCUCCAGAGCUCAUCAACACAACAGCCCUCCUCACAAGGGAACACGGAGACAACAGAAGCUCGGUACAUAAGAAGCCAACCACAAAGCGAGAGCUACUUCUUGAGACUUCAGCCUCCAAUUCACCAAGUUCAUACAGACACCGCUUUGGAGACUGCAGAGAACGGUGGGGUUCCUCCUGUCUUGGCUGGUCGAUCUCCACCUCGGAGAUGA